GGACCGGGGAGGGAGGCACACAGCGGCCGAGGUCCCAGAGCGGCGCCAGGUUCCGGCUUUCCAGCUGGCUGGCCCGGGGCGGGGCGGCAGCUCUAUCCCCGCCCCCUGCCCCCAGCCCCGGACCCUUGUUUUCCCGCUUUGCCCCAGGAGGAAACAUGGCCGGGAAGAGCGAGGAGGCGCCAGACCGCGGGCGCGGCGUCGUGAUCAAGGAUGACUGGCCGGGCUAUGACUUGAACUUGUUCACAUACCCGCAGCACUAUUACAGUGACCUGGAGUAUGUGCUUAUCCCACACGGCAUCAUCAUGGACAGAAUAGAGAGGCUGGCUAAGGACAUCAUGAAGGACAUAGGCUACUGUGACCUCAUGGUCCUGUGUGUGCUCAAAGGAGGCUACAAGUUUUGUGCUGACCUGGUAGAUCAGUUGAAGAACAUUAGCCGGAAUUCAGAUCGCUGUGUCUCUAUGAAAGUUGACUUCAUCCGCCUGAAAAGCUACCGGAACGAUCAGUCCAUGGAAGAGAUGCAGAUCAUUGGAGGAGAGGACCUUUCAACCCUGGCUGGAAAGAAUGUCCUCAUUGUUGAGGAUGUCGUAGGGACGGGGAGGACCAUGCGGGCCCUGCUCAGCAGUAUCCAGAAGUACCAGCCCACCAUGAUCAAGGUAGCCAGCUUGUUGGUGAAGAGAACGCCCAGGAGCGACGGCUUCCGGCCUCACUAUGCUGGCUUCGAGAUUCCCAACUUAUUUGUCGUUGGAUACGCCUUAGAUUAUAAUGAGUAUUUCCGAGAUCUGAAUCACAUUUGCGUGAUCAGCGAACAUGGGAAAGAAAAAUAUCGGGUCUAAAGCAGUAGCAAGGCCC